AUGUCCAGCUCUGUACCGUACUUUGUCGAUGAAGAAGAACCAAGAGAAUCUUCUAUAGGAUUUACUGACUCUCCAGAGUUUAAUGUCCUGAAGGAGGAGAUUGUUACUCAGUUGUUCGAGAUCAAUGGUCAAAUCAGUACUUUACAACAAUUCAUUUCGACUCUAGAAUCACUGUUGAAGAAGGGAAACGUCAGUGCCAAAGUAGUGGAUAAAAUCGACAAGAAGUCUGUGGUCAAUAUUCGUAAAGUUGGUUCGCUAAUAAAGAACGUUAAUGAACAGGUUCAGAAAAUUGAUGCUAUAGAGGAAUCCUCACUAGAUAGACCGGAGGUCAUUGCGAGGGAAAAGAUCGUCCGUGAUGUACGUUACUCUUUACAGGAGUUUCAGAGUACUCAACGAAAAUAUGCCAAUGUGAUAAGAGACAUUAACAACAGAGCCAGAGCAGCGUUAAAUCAAGAAGAAGAGUCGAACAUAACUGCUCUUAGAGAGGAAGAAGAAGGUGGUCUACAGAAACAGCAGUUAAUACCAAAUGAUAAGGGCAAGAAAUUACAAAUUACCAUUGAACGUGAGCCUAUCAAUAAUGAAGAGUUUGCCUAUCAGCAGAACUUGAUACGACAGCGAGACCAAGAAAUAUCAAACAUUGAAGAAGGAAUAACGGAACUGAACGAGAUAUUCAAGGACCUAGGAAACGUGGUUCAACAGCAAGGAAUCAUGGUUGAUAACAUUGAGGCAAACAUCUACUCGACCAGCGAUAACACCGCAAUGGCUUCUCGAGAGUUGAACAAAGCUUACAGGUCUCAGAAAAGCGCCAACAAGUGGUGUCUCUAUCUGCUGGCAGGACUAUUGAUUAUGUUAUUUAUGCUAUUACUUAUUGUCUUUAUUUAA